CCCGCCGCAAUGUCCCCUUUCUCCACAAUCUACUUCUCCGCCAGUCUCUCCACCACAUUCUUCGAGUCAAUGGAACAUAUACUAUUACAGUCUGCCCUAUGGAAUAUCCGAAUCCGCGAUAUCACUACUUGAAACCUGUGUGCGAACUGGUCAGAAAAUCAAAUCCCGCUAGUCCCAGAUUGCAGAACAUCGUUGAAUCCGACCUAUCAACUUCGAAAUGCUGGAAUCCAUGGAUGCUACCAAUCCCGACCAACGUCCGAGCUCGUUCGUAGUACACGAACACGACGCUUACAACAUAGAUGUCCCGGUUCUCAUUGUUGGAGGUGGACCUGCUGGUCUUUUUCAGGCGCAUCUACUUUCUCAGCUGGGAGUCAAAUGUUUGAUCGUCGAGAGGUAUCCCGAAAGAUUGGGUGCACCCAAAGCCCAUGCUUUAUCUCCAAGAUCGCUUGAAAUAUGCCGACAAUCACACCUGGAUGUUGCUAAAAUUCGUCAACUGGGCACCCAAAGGCGUGACGCCUACUGGGUAAACUUCGUCACGAACCUAAGCGGCCAAACUAUCGGUGUCUUGCCAUACGAGAGGAUGGAUGUCGAUGUGCUGCGAUACACGCCUGAGAUGAUCCACAACAUUCCUCAGCCAGCCUUUGAACAAUAUUUGACAGAUGUGCUAGCCAAGGACUCGAACGUCGACAUUCGAAGGGGCGUAUCUUUCAUUUCACUACGUCAGGACGGCUUUCAGGCAGUUAUAACGACCGUAGAGGAGCGUACAACAGGCCAUCAAUUCCAGAUUCGCUCCAAAUACCUCAUCGCAUGUGACGGGGCGAGGAGUAAAGUACGCACAGGCCUAGGUAUCGGAAGUGAUGGAGAAGACUCAUAUGAAACAAUGAUGACCAUCCAUUUCAAUGCCAACUUGCGUCCUAUCGUUGGAAAUCGAGUCGGCAUGCUACAUUGGAUUGCCGACCCUCUAGCGUCUGGAUUCAUCAUUGCCUACGAUCUAUCAGGAAACUCGGUCCUGAUCAGCAACUUUGACGCGACCAAACAACCGGUAGAGAGCUGGAACCAAGAACUAUGUCGUCAAACCGUCACAAGUGCAAUUGGGAAGGAUAUUCCCUUUGACGUUCUAAGCUACCGGCCUUGGGUGCUCAGUCGAAAAGUAGCGAGAUUCUACAGACAAGGCAACGUUUUUUUGGCCGGCGACGCAGCACAUUCCUUCCCGCCCACCGGCGGUCUCGGACUGAACUCGGGACUGGGCGACGUCCACAAUCUCGCGUACAAGAUCGCAUUGGUCCUCCAGGGUAAAGCGUCUGAGCGGCUCCUCGACUCUUAUGACGAAGAAAGACGACAAGUCGCCAUUGUGAAUUCGAUACAGAGUGUGAAGAAUGGGAAACAAAUUUUUGGCCUGCUCAAGACGUUGGGGAUCGGAGAAGAUGCGGUCCGAGCCAGACGAAACCUUUACGCUUCACUUGGUGAUCCGGACAAGAAAAGAGAGAUUGAUGAGGGGAUCGAGGCACAGAGAGAACAUUUUGAUAAUCUUGCACUUCACAUUGGCUACGUUUACGGCGACAAAUCCAUCCCGCCCCACGCAUCAAAGUACGUUCCCAGCUUCGCGGUCGGCGCAAGGUUACCUCAUGCAUGGAUACGUCUUUUGCGUCAACAAAGCAGCACCAAACCGAAUCUGGCGCCGGUAGAUGUAUCGUACGUGGACGAGUUUUCCGCCGACGACAUCCAACUUCGACAACACAGUACCCUUGACCUCUGCGACAUUGACAAGUUUACCUUGUUGGGCAAUCUGGACAGCGUUCCUGGAGUCAAAAGUUAUCGUCUAGGUCGAGACUUUGAAGUCGUCGGGCCCGGUGCGGACGGGUGGUUGGCUUCGUCUGGACUUGACAAGGCUGGAGGUCUACUCGUCCGACCUGACCAGCAUAUAUUGAUGGUUUUGGAUGCCACUACCACAGCCAAAGAUGUAGAGAUUGUAUUAGAUAAGUACCUUGGGCGAAGUCAUUGA